AUGGAGAAUCCUGCGGACCUCUUUAAAAAUCCAGCUGAAGGAAAACCAUUGAUUACGAAACCUGAAGGAAAAUUUGAAAAUCCUCAGACACACGGCCCUAUCAAGCAAGCUUGGGUGGCAGAGGACAAAUCUUACGGAGGCCCUGGGCAGGAAAGUAAUAGAGGGAAGAAUAAGAGAAGAAAACCCAGAAAAAAAAAUCAGACGCAAGGGCAACAUGGCGAUGCAGAACGACAAGAUGAAAAAAGAAAUAGUUGCGAUAGCGAUAAGUCUGAUCAAAAUGAGGGGAGCCAAGCUUGUCGGGGCAACAACCCAAGACAAAGAGGCACGACAAGAGGAGGACCACAGAGGGGACCCAGAGGUGGGUUUUUCCAGGGUCCAAACAACAUUCAAGUGUCUAGAGAUGAUCAAUUUUAUGCCCCUCAAGGACAGUGGUCUGGUCAUCAAAACGCCUUUCCGCCGCAGAGAGGACGUGGAAACCAACGAGGACAAAGAGGUGGCUUUCGUCCGAACCCAAUCGCAGGACAUCGAGAUAAUUCGCUUUAUGGAUCUCAGGAAUGGCGCUUUGGUGAUGGAGGCAAUUUUCAACCUGAAAUGGGACGUGGAGGUCAAGGCAGUCGAGGGCGUCAACCAAAACCAAAACCGAAGCCAAAGGAUAGGGGACGAGGUGGGAGACGGGGUGGCAAUUUCCAGGAGCAACAUCAAAUCCCAAGAGAUUUUGAGGAGGGUGAUCAGUUCUCAGAUGCUAAAGACUACUCUCAAUUCAUGCAAAGAAAACUGAAACAACUAGGUGGAAAAGGAAGAGAUUCUCAAGAAAGGGAGCUUGUCAGCAGUAAAACCCCGGCCCCCCGUCCUGCUGAUCAGUCUCAAUUUGAAAGAAAUACAAUACUCAUUCGAGGGCUUAGUGAGAAAACUUCGCCAGACGGACUGGUGAACUUUAUUGAGGCAAAGAGUGGUGGGGAAGAGGUCAAGGACGUACAGAUGCUGAAGAAUGGAAAAGCCUUGGUCACCAUGGCUGAUGAAAUCAAAGGUACAUACCUUUCAACUGAAUUUAUAACAUGCCUAGUAAAUUUGUCUCAUCAAAUUCAAUUGCGCGAGCGUACUUCAUAUUGCUAUUGAGCACGCUCAUGACGUCAGCAAACGUAUUCCUCGAGAAAAAUUUCCCAUCGGGUUGAAAAUGUUAUAAAACAAUUGGUUCAUACAUCAGCUGUGCGUUCAUCGAGAUAUGAAGCACUUGGGAAGUUUAGAGAGCACUCAAGAAGCUAGAGUUGCUCUCGGCAACGCCUCGAGCAACUCUUACGCAUCCUUCGUGCUCUCUAAACUCCCCGCGUGCUUCAUAUCUCGAUGAACGCACGCUGACGUAUGAAUCAAUUGUUAAUUGGAGAAUAAGCAGAAAUUUCUAUAUCGCACUUUGAUCUGUUCGUGAGUUAUCAGGGAUGAAAGGUCACGCCGCUUCAGUUUCAUCCUCUUAGUUUUAAGAAAUGAACUUACCUUCAAAUUAUAUGAAAUUAACAUUUCAUUGAUUAAGAUUGUUGUAUGCUUAACUAGUACCUGAAGAGUUAAGAUGCCUUAUUUUUGGUGUCUCACCAUUAAAAGACAUUUCGAUUUUCUUCUCCAAACUAUCAAAAUAAUCCAGAUCAAGUAAUCAAUUUAUUUGUGAACUGUACAUGUAAUUCAUUGAGUGUUGUUCCUUUCAGGAACACUAUAAAAGUGGAGAUCACACGAGACAAACAUUUUUUGAGAAUGUGAUCUAUUUUCUUUUAGAUUUCACGAAAAUAAAGACCAAAUGCGAGGAGAGAGGUCUGGAUGGUGCAAAGGUUUCUAUCGAACAAGUCCCGGUUUGCAAAAGCAUCCUUGUCACUGGGUUUUCAGACAUUACCCAUGAUUUUAUUGAACUGUACUUUGAGAGUCGUCGAAAUGGUGGGGGUCCUGUGGAGAAGGUUCACCAUGUUCCUAAAAGUAGUCAAGCUGUGGUUGAAUAAUCGACAUUUCAAGACGUUAUAUAAAAGGUUUGUAUUGGGUCACUGAUCUCUAGAAAAUAUAAAAGUAUUUUCCCGUAUAUUUUAAUUCUUUAUUAUAUAAAAGGCACGAAUAAUCGACAUCUGAUCCUCCAACAUGGUAAGAACGUGAGUGAAAUAUUGAUUGCCCUGAUUUAAGACCAUUUUGACGUCAUCUGAUCUAUAACAUUAGACUUAAGGAGGGAUGAAUUAUCACGUUUUAAAAUUUAGAUCAUUGAAUUGAUCAAAUUGAUUGAUUGAUUGAUUGAUUGAUUGAUUGAUCUUCUCUGCCCCAACACCCCAUCGUCCUUAAUCUGCGUGUCUUUCUUAAAUUAAAAUGUCAUGAAUUGUUGUGAAACGAAAAUAACAUUUUCGUGGAAAUUCCUGACACUUACUUGCUUUAAUCAACAGAUAUGGAAAGGGUUUUAACCAGACAUGAAGAGAAACCUCACGAGUUUCACAAAACCCAGCUUUCAAUUAAAGCUUACCGAGAGUUUCUAGAAGACGAAGACGUUGAUGGAGCAGAGGAUUCCGGUGACUUAGGAGCACCUACAACCGAGGCCAAUGAAUCUCGAGUGAGCCAGACACCCGAUGCUAAGGAACAACAGCUGCACAUAGCUGUAGAUCCCGAUGUUAUGGAAUACGUCACAUCCACAGGAUUCCAAGCUGAACUGAACAAUUCGCUGGCUGGAAAGAAGAGCGAAGUCACCUGGAAACCCAACAACAAAAUGGCUGUUAUAGUGUACCGUGGGGAAGAUGACAGUGAUUCCUGGCAAUCUGAAUGCAUUGACCAAGUACAAAAUUACCUCGGCAAGUUUGCAAAGUGCGAUGUGCAGGUCAACAAAGAUUUCUGGGAAGCCGUGGUAGCAAAAGUUCCCAGCAUACGCACCUGCUUGGGAGUUAAUCCCCCGUUGGUCAAGACUAUUCCUGAUUCAAAUAUUGCUAGGAUCGUUUCAUUAGGAACAGACAUGAAAAUUAGCGAAGAAAAGGUGAGGUCGGAGUUAGAAGAAAUCUACCGCGAGGAGACCAGAAAAACUUACCUGAGGAAGAAAAUUCCAAAUAUUGCCGAGGAGCGCUUAAUUUUGCUGAAGAAGAUAAAAUUUGCCGAGAACCUCCAAGAAAAGAACAAGGAGCUGGAGAUCAAGUUUGAUACUGACGGUGAAGAAAUAUAUUUCGAAGGUCCCCAGCCACAGUUUAUUGAGGCAACCAUGAAGUUCUACAAACAUAUGUCUGAUAUGGUUGAGAAGAAACUAACUUUAUCCGACAGCAUCCUGGAGAUUUUAAACUCAGAUGAGGGGCUUCAGACUGUCAAAUGUGAGUUGGAAAGAAACAACGUGGAAGCAGUGUUCGUUAUUGAGAAAGACGCCACCAUAGUGGGAUCAUCAGCAGCGCAUGCAGACAACGCAGCGAGGCUCGUGAACAAGUUGAUGGUGGAAGAGAAAGUUCAAGUGGACGAGAAAAGCAAGCAUUUGUUGAAGUCAUCUGAAUGGCUGAAGUUGUGUGACGAGAUGGACCAAGUGGCUGUCCGUGUCCGGAGGGACAACUGGAACGAUACAUACGUCGCUGGGUUCCGUGAUAACGUGACCGAAGUGAUAAAGAAGUUAAAUACCUUUCUUGAAAACAAUUGCAUGAGGGAGGAAAGUUUCGUGUGCCUGUCUGAUAUUAUGCGAAGGUAUUUUCUCGAGCUACGUCAAGAAGAUCUACGCACCAUAGAAAAUCAACUAAAAGAUUUUGUAGUGAGUAUUAAAAAGGGAAAAGACGAUGAUGAUUUUAUCAUUUCUGGAAACAGAGAAGGUUUGAAACGUGUAAGAAAGAAGCUCGACGCUCUGAUAGAUUCCACUGAGUUGAAAACCUUUGAAGUGAAACAGCCAGGUCUUCGAAAAUACUUUGAGAGUGGAAAAGGAGAUCGACUGGUAAAAUCGGUGGAAAAAGAUCAAGACUGUGCCAUAAAAGUUCAGAAGAAUUUAAGUCGAGGAGGAAGAGACGAGGAGUUGCGCGUCGAAUCUGUAUCCGACGCCUCUACUUCUUCAGGCGAUAGUGAAGAUGAUGUGGAAGAUGACCACGCUACCACUGCUGGAACUGACUCGUCUACCCUGGUAAUAGCCCAAAGGCACAGAGUGUCGUGGAAACCUGGAAACAUAGGAGCAGAGAAGGUAGGAUUGACACUAAUUUCUUCACACCAGGAGAAUAUCACAGAAAAUACCUUAGAGGAUCAUGUUGGCAUAUUUGUGGAUUUUAGUUCUUUACUUAGCUCUCAUCAGCUCAUUGAGUGUGGUUACAUUAUUUAACGCCUCGCCUAUUAAGAGUGCCAAGUCUGAUAACGACAACAGUCCACCAUAUUGAAGAUGUUAAUGAAGCACUGACAAUAUUCUUUCGGUUGUUUAUUUCAGGCUGACGUACUUGUCAGUUCUCAAGGAGCAUGCGAUAAAGCAAUCAUGAAUGCCGGUGGUCCUCAGGCCGCAACCCCCAACGUUGGUGACAUCACUGUCUCUGGUGGUUUUUCCUCAGUCAGUCACGUGAUUCACACUAACUGUUGUAAGUGGAACAACGGUGGAGGGGAGCCGGUAAGAAAAAAUGAAGUUUACGUAGUUAAUCAAGUAUUAGUUCACUUUUGAAGGAAAGGACCUUUCUAAAAUACAUCGAAGAAUACUUGUUGUUUAGAUUUGACGAAAGCCUAAACGAUAUCGGAUGCCCGACUGGCGAAUCCUAUCCAUUCUCUUGUAGAAUACAGCAACUGAAGACUGUUUAGGCUCGAUUUGAUGUUAUUUCCGAUGUAGAUUAUCGCCAAACAUUCCGUCAUGUCAGACAUGGUUUAAUGCUACUCUCGUUUAAAGAUUUAAUGAAUGUAACCGAGAAGUUACAAUUCAUAGACCCAAAAUUUCGACACUCCUGUCUAGUGUCUUCAUCAGGGGUGAUCUAAACGCUGCAACCAGAGGUCCUUUUAUACGCUCACUAAUUAGCUGCCUUUUUUCUAACGAGGUGUAAAUGGGCGUCAGGAGGUAAGCCGCCAUCAUUACGAUUUAGAGGAGCGUGGGCGGAGUUAAUAUGCCAGGCUUCUAAACAAAGGUGUUGGAAGUUUGGGUAACUUUCAAUUUCUAAUAUCAUACGAAAAUCCUAAUCAGAAAUUUUGUAGAAUUAGUAAGAGCAAAUAUCUUACUGGAAAAAAAAAUUGAGUUGUGAAAUUUUCACCACUAGAAAAGAAUUAAUUAGGCCCAAAGGUAAUUUCCGUGAGGUUAUAAUUCAAACAUCCUCGAUGCUGAUCCUGAAAGGAAAUUACUACUGGUGUGAACAUCCUACAUGGCGCCCUCUUAAUAUCCUCUGAAAAAUGUUAACAAAAUUCAAGUUUCAGAUAACUUUGAUCUCUUGAAAACAGAUUUCAGGAAGUCUAAAAAUAGCUUGAAAGGGAUUCAGUUUUUUAACCUUUUUACUUUAAGGAGUGACCAGUCAGUUUUUUUUUCUCCUCCCUUUAUCAAUCCAUUAUCAACCGGAAAGGUGACGGGAAGAAGGAAAAUAUAUCACUAAGGGGAUAUUACAUGACUUAACGCCAAAUUUUCAGUGCCAAACUCAAAAGAAAUGAACAGGAGACAGUGUGGAGAAUUGCUAUUGAGAUCUCAUAGGAAUGAAAUGAUUGUCAACAACUUCUAUUUCAUCUUUUGUAGACGCUAAGGGCCAUCGUUCAAAAGUGUCUGCAAACAGGCGAAACGCUUGGAGCGAACUCCAUUGCAUUUCCUGUCAUUGGGACUGGAAACCUACACUUCCCACGCGAUGCAGCCUCGAGAAUCAUGUUGGAUGAAACAGUCAAUUUCUGCAAAACCAACCCUAGUUCUAAUUUACGGGACAUCCGAUUUGUCGUGUUUAACCAAGAUCAAGCAUUAACUACCGCCUUCAAACAAGAGAUGGACAAACUACAGCCCAAGCAAACUAGCCUCCCUGCCAUCACGACUUUAACUAAAAGAAUACGUUCCUUCUUUGGAUGGAAGAAAACAGUGGGGACAUUGGGUGUAAGCAUUGAAGUCUUGCAGGGCGACUUGUGCCAGGAAACUACGGAUGCCAUAGUGAAUAUAACAAGUAAGGACUUGAAUAUGGACAGUGCUGGGAAGUUGAGCCAGACAGUGAAACAGCUAGCCGGGCCACAGGUUGAGACUGAGUUGAAGCAGUUCGGACAGCAAUCAGGUGGAACCGCAUUGAUCACCAGCAGUGGAAAUCUCCCUACGCAGAAAAUUAUUCACUUAAUUCCAGACACCAAUAAUAAAGACCACCUCCAGCAGUGUGUUGAAAGAUGUCUUCGGCUGGCAGAGACGCAUAGUCUUGGAUCCAUUUCGAUUCCCGCAGUUGGUACUGGUGCAUUCCAUGUUUCUGCGGUGGACUCGGCCAGUCUGAUAUUUAAGGCCCUGACAAACUUUAGUGGAAGCUUCCGUAAUGUCCGCAAGGUCAGGAUCGUAAUCUUUGAGUCUCCAAUGUUGUCGGCAUUUCAGCAAGAACAUCAGAGGCACUCGUUUUCUCCACAAGUAGGUGUGGCUCAGCGCAUGACCUUAACUAGCCCUUUCAGUAUCGAGGUGAUAAAUGGUGAUUUGACGCAAGAGAACAGCACUGACGCUAUCAUGAAUAUCAACAGCACGGACAUGAACAUGAAUAACGCCGGAGACCUAAGCAAAGCCAUAGCAACACAGAGUGGUCCACUUGUGCAACAAGAAUGCAACCAAUUGGGAAAGCAGCCUCCUGGAACAGCAAUAAUGACAAGCGGAGGUAAUUUACAAGUAUCUCAUAUUAUUCACAUAAUUCCAGGCUCCUCAGAUAAGCAACAUCUCCAACAAUGUUUGGAGGAGGGUCUUCGCGUUGCGGACGCCAAUAACUUUCAAGCGAUCUCAAUUCCGUGUGUUGGCACAGGAGGAUACGGCUUGAACGGAGCGGACUCAGCCCAACUGACGUUCAAAGCACUAAACGCAUUCAGUGCCCGCUGCAAAAAUAUUAAAAAAGUAAGAGUGGUCGUGUUCCAGGCCUCUAUGAUGCAGGAUUUUCUACAAGAGCAGAAGAAACAACUGGUGCAAGGUAUUGAAGAAGACAGUGACUCAGAGGAUGCAGUAGCCAGGCAAACCCGACGACGCGGACCUAGGCAGGCACCAGGCCAAAGUGAUGAACAUUCUGUAAGAAUUUCUGUGAUCGGCAAAGACAGGGUGAGCGUGGGAAAAGCCGUGGAAUCCUUAAAGAAAGGUUUCGCUGACGCUUGUACGAUGGAAAAAGUCGAAAGUGAUAUCGUCAGUCAGCUUUCCGAUAAGCAAAAAGAUAUCCUAAGAAAAAAAGCCAAAGACCGUGACGUCAAACUUGAAAUUGAGGAUGACGUAGAUCGCAUUGUCGUUCGUGGUGGACCAACCGAAGUAUCUGGAAUAGUCGGGGAGAUCUGGAAAGAGAUCAGCGAGAGGAGGAAAAAGAAGCAGGAGGAAGAGCAAGCGAAGUUGGUUUCAAAAAACGUAGAGUGGAGCUAUGAAAUACGGGGCACAAAAAUGGUGUUUGCUCCGAAAGCAAAUGCCAAGAUUGAGUUGGCCCACAGCAAAGACGAGCACACAGUGCAAGUUUCUUUACGCGGAGACAAGUUUGUCAUCGACUUGAAGAGAAACUCUGGACGUGGACAAACGUCUGGUGAACAAAUAACACUGACAAGAAAGGUGAAGGGUGCUGAUGAAGGUUAGUUACUAGACAUCUCUUUUGACGAGGAUGUUUCGAUAAGCGUUAAGAAAGGACUAAGAGCUAUUUCAAGUCUUAGAGAAUGUUUCAGGUAGUGAACAAUAUAGGGGUUAUUAUUUGCCCUAAAAAAGGUUUCUCUUCAGGUUCCUCAGUGAUGUGUUUGUCUUUUAGUCUUGGUGAAGAAUAUACUUGGAUGUUGAAAUUUAUCCUAAAAAAAGAGGUUUGCACUUCAACAUUCUAAUCUUGUGGUCCUUUCUGUAGGAAUUGCUCUACCAAAGCACUGGGCACCAAUGCCUCGACCUGACAUGACUGUACACACGGUACAACUGCACCCAGGUUCCACUGAGUACCAAGAUGUUGUAAAUAAGUUUCAAGUGACCGCCACGGGGGUGACCAUAACCAAGAUAGAACGAGUGCAAAAUCCUCAUCUGUACCAGUCCUACAUGGUGAGAAAACGGAAAAUGGACAAAGACAACGGAGGAAACAGCGAGCGACAGCUGUUUCAUGGGACCAACUCAAACAAUAUCAUCAGUAUCAACGCGCAAGGACUCAACAGAAGCUUCGCUGGAGUCAAUGGUAAGAGUCCUUGUUAUAUGACGCUAGGAGUGUGUUAAACUUCAAACGCAUGAUUAGACUUGGAUGAGUGAUAAUGGGUUGAAAAUUAUCCAUACCUUUCGUUUUCACUUCACAUUUUCUUCCCUUUCUAAGCUUCCUCAAAGUUCUUUAUUAAACAUGUCAUUGCUGCCAAAGUAAAAUGCUUUCGUCUUGACGCGUGUCACGCGUGGAACAAAGAAAAAAGUUCUCAGUGCCCAUGGGGUAUCGAAUCUCAAACCUAUGGGUUUCGUGGGCCGAUGCUCUACCACUGAGGUCCAGAAAACUCUGUGAUGAGAGAGGCCAUUACUUGGUUCAGGAUUGUUAUUUGUCGAAACCAUUCAAUGUUUACACCCAAAACUUUGCUUAUAGAAAUCUUCCGAUAUAUUUUCUUGCUGACGCGAAUUGUCUUUCUCGUAUGCAGGAGUUGCCCUUGGGCGCGGUGUGUACUUCGCAAGAGAUGCCUCAUAUUCCCUUGGCUAUGCACGUGGAGGUGGAACACGCCACAUGUACCUCGCUCGUGUCUUAGUUGGACAAUACUGUCGAGGAAACUCUAGCAUGAUAGUACCUCCAGCUAAAAACCCUGCGAGGCCAGAGAUUUUGUAUGAAUCAGUGGUCGAUAACCCCGCAAACCCUGCCGCCUUUGUAGUAUUUUACGAUAAUCAGUGUUAUCCUGAAUAUCUCAUAACCUUCCAGUAGCUUAGAGAAAAUUAACGAUUGAUUGACAUGUCAGCGUGCGUGAGGUUUGGAGAACACGAAAGGCGCAUAAGGGCUCAUACACGAGGAAAAGGAACAUGAAACACCCUUGUGCAAUUGAAUUUUAUUUCACGAACUUAUGAGCUAUUCUAGUCUUUAUUGCAACCAAACGUUACCUCGUUACAAAUUUUCAGUCUCUUGGACGACAUAAAUUGUUUAGUGUUGAGUUUUUUUUUUAAGAGAACCUGAAUAAGUAGAGAGUAUUUAGUUUGCAGCUGAGAGCGUCGGGGAAAUAUUUUGUAGCAGCUGUUACCGAUGUGUGAAUUGAUCAUGAAAAGAAAAGUAUAAAAUCAAUUAGGAACAAAAGGGCUUGAAAAGCGGACGACUUUUAAAUGCCGUUUACAAAGCAGAAAAAUUCGGGCACGGACAAGCCGAGGAAUGAGUACGGACCCCAAAUUUUUACUGGUAUAAACUAUGUGUACCAUGUUAUUUAGGGCUGGUAUGGAACCCUAUUUUUAAGGUUAUGAGGCGACGUCCACAUAAGAAAAAAACUUAUUAUCUUGCGGUAUAAUAGCCUUUUUGUUUGCCAAUUUUCACCAUGAAGAGAUGUCCUUAUCAUCUUCUCGAAAAAUGAACCAUGAAAUCAAUAAUUGACAGUUGGUAGAAUGUUUAAGGAACAUAAGGUAACGUGAUAAAUGACCUUUUGCUAUCCUGGGAAGACGAUUGGACUUCUAAAACAGCCGUAUAUGUUUCUCAGAGUUUGGUGAUUUUACUAUUUGGGUAAAGCAAGCAAAAAUGUCCAUGGGACUUCCCCGAACGUGUUGCGGCUAGAAUAGAAAUGACGUCUUUUUCUACUUCUAGGCCAACCUCUCAUCUUCAGUCGUGGUUUUUAUUUUCUUAAUAAAUUUUUGAAUAUCAGCUGCGUUAAAAAGGUUAUAUAUUGUUUGUUCGAGAGAAAUCGUGUGAAGAGGCUAGAUCCAAGGCAACGCUAAGUCAGUUUUCUCGCUUGGAAAGUUUCCACAACGAUAUUUUCUUUUUUGUCGCCAGAUUGACAUAUAAUAUUGUUUUGCAUCAAUUUUGUACCCAAGAAAACUGGCGAAAGUAGAGAACUUCGAAAAACGUGUUCAUAUUUGCUGCGCUUAAUAAGUAAUUAAAGCGAAGUCGCUUCGAUGACAUUUUAUGGUGUAAAAGAUUCACUGGGAAGAAACUCAGAGAAGGAUUUAUUAUUUAGUUGGCAACCAAAAGCUUGGUCAGAAAAUGUGGUGUAGUAUUACCCAUGUUCGGGUUUCACGAACAGGUUUAUUGACUGAAAUAAAGUAGAGGAA